GUUACUGUAACUAAAGAGCCUGCACCAAUUGUAAAAGCAGCAGCAGUUGGUGUAAAAGCGACAGCUGUUGUUUGUAAUUCAAUGAUUCAGGGUCUUGCAAGCGCGUUUACUCCAACUACCAGGACAACCAUAAUUACAAAUAAUACUGUACAAACACUUGGGGACAAGGAUCACGAAAUAUUUGAUUUAGUAGACGAUUUAGAAAAUGCAGAAGGGGAAGAUGUAACUUUUUAUUCAUGGCUCGGAGUAGAACCUACAGCCAACGAGAAAGAAAUUAAUAAAGCGUAUCGUAAAUUAUCUUUAACUUUACACCCGGAUAAAAAUCCUGAUAAAGAUAGCAAAGAAAGAUUUUCUAGAUUAGGUUUAAUAGGUGCAAUUUUGCGUAAUUCAGAGUCAAGAGAACGAUACAAUUUUUUUCUAAAGAAUGGAGUACCAAAAUGGCGUGGUACUGGCUAUUAUUAUAACCGUCAUAGACCAGGACUUGGUACCGUAGUAAUAUUUUUAUUAAUGCUAUCAUCAUUGUUUCAUUAUGUUAUCACGUGGAUAAACUAUUAUCGGGACAAGCAACGUGUACGAUAUUAUAUACAAGAAUCGAGAGAAAUCGCCUGUGGUAAAAGAAUGAAAAAACAAAACACCAGGAAAAAAAUUUUUGUUAAUGAAAAGAAUUUCAUUGUUGAUUAUGAUAAUGUUUUCUUGUUGACUAAAGAUGGCGAACAAUUUAUUAUGGAUGAGAAUGAAAUCGAGAAACCAAGAAUUUUGAAUAUUUUUGUAUUUUCAAUCCCUAUUUUAAUUUAUAAAAAACUAAUUUGUAGUAAUAAAGAUGAUACUAACAUUAACAAUAAUAUUAAUAAUAUCAAUGAUAGAAAUAUUAAUGAUAAAUCUCGUAGACGUAGGAAAGAACUAAACAACUAA